GGCUGCCUGGUGCUGCGCUACAACCUGGAAGAGAACGAGUGGCGCCGCUGCAACAUGAUGCCGCUGCCUCGCUACGGCCACCGCUGCGUAUUUCUCAACAAUGAAAUUUACGUAAUCGGAGGCUUCGACAACCGAGACGCUACGUACGGCUUGCGCAUGUCGACCAGCUUCUGUUUUCGCUACCACACCCAGACGGGCGAAUGGAACGUAGUGGCGCCGUUGAGACACGCCCGGGGUUAUCACAACGUGGCGGUGCUUAAUGAUGCCAUCUAUGCCGUCGGUGGAGUGGACGCCAACGACCUGCUCUUGUCGAGCGUCGAGCGUUACGACCGGGAGGAAGACACCUGGGUGGUGCUGGAGAAGGGUCUUUACUGCGGACGCAUGGGCAUGGGAGUGGCCGCCUUCCAGGGCUGUCUCUGGGUGGUUGGCGGCAUCGUGCAGAUCGCCGGACUGCAGACCUGCUCUACAGCGUACGUGGAGAUCUACAACCCCGCGACCGACCAGUGGACGUACGCGGCCAACUACCUCCCAUCACCGCGCACAUGUGUGUCGCUGCUGAACGUGAACGACACGGAGCUGUACUGCUUCGGCGGCAUCUUCUACAACUGCGUGGGGCCGACGCGCAAGCUGCUCACCAUCGACGACAUCCUCGUCUACUCGGACAACAAGAAAGUCUGGCGCCAAGUGGCAUGCAUGCCGGCUCCCCGGCACAAUGCCCACGUCCUCCACUACAAGAACCAGGCGUACAUUAUCGGCGGCCAAGAUGUGGAAAAGCCGGAUCAUCCGCUGACCAGCGUGAUUAAGACGCCCGUGCCCACCGAGAAAUUCAGCUGGGGUCCGUUAAAGGACGUUCCGCUGCCCAUCUCGGCGUACGCGGCGGUGGUGCUGCCGCCUAUCGAGGAGCCACCGGAAAGCAAGGCUUCUUGAAGCAGGCUGAGCCGCCAGCACUUUCACCAAGAAGCCUGUGGGGAACAUGAGUGAACAAAUUCCGUUGUUAUUAAAGACUUGUUUUCCUACAUAGG